CAGGACUGACUUCUGGAAAGAGGUAUUACCUGAGGAAGAGGAAAGAAAAGGAGCCAGGGAUGGCAGCUGUGACUCAGUUGACAUUCUGGGACGUGGCCGUGGAUUUCACUCAGGAGGAGUGGUGGUGCCUGACCCCGGCUCAGCGGGCUCUGUACAGGGAAGUCAUGCUGGAGAACUACAGGAACCUGCUCUCCGUGGGAGUCUCCUCUCCCAGUGUGAGUUUGACUUCCCUGUUGAAGAUCAGGGAAGAGCCGUGGCUGGCACAGAAAGACAUGAAAACUCCAGGAGAGCUGAAAGGCUGGGAAGAUGCCAAAGGUGUGAGCACAGAGGAAAUUACUUGUUCAUUUAAACAAGAGAAGGCUUUCUCCAGACAUCCUGAUCAUUUCGUUCGCGAGCAAAGCCAUAGCAGUGAGAAGCCCCACCGCUGUGCUGUGUGUGGGAAGGCAUUCAGACAAGUGUUGGACCUCAAGCGGCACCACCGGAAGAGACACCCUGGGGAUAAGCGGUACCGAUGUGAUCAGUGUGGCAAGGCCUUCGUUGUGCUCCAGACCCUCACCAAGCACGAGGCCAAACACAGCAGGAAGAAGGUGAUUAUGUGUCACACAUGCGGGAAGGUGUUCAGCACUCGCCAGAUCCUCACCAAGCACCAGGCUCUGCACUCUGGCCACAAGCCGUACAAGUGUGAUGAGUGUGGCAAGGCUUUCCGCCUGCAAGCCACCCUCACCGCACACCAGGCUGUACACACUGGCCUCAAGCCACACAAGUAUACCAAACGUGAGAAGGCUUUUGUCCAUGCCUCCAGCCUCAUCCGCCAUGACAGGAUACACACUGGAAUGAUGCCCUUUAAGUGUGUGUGUGGCCAGGCCUUCACCUCGAGUGCAUGCCUUGAAGCACACCACGCAGUGCACGCUAUCUGCACACAGCAUAAGUGUGUGGAUUGUGGAAAGAUGUUCAGCUCUGCUUGCUCCCUAGCCAUACACCGCAGGACACACACCGGGGAAAGGCCAUACAGCUGUGCCCAGUGCGGGAAGGCAUUCGCCCAGAAAAAUGACCUCACACGCCACCACAGGACGCACACUGGGGAGAGGCCCUAUGCAUGCGGUGAGUGCGGGAAAGCCUUUAAAUCCCACACAGAGCUCAGCAGCCACCGUGCCAUCCACACAGGAGUCAAGCCCCACCAAUGCACAGAUUGUGGGAAGGCAUUUGCACGGAAGACUGCACUUGUGCGCCACCAACAGAUGCAUGAUGGUGGACCUCCCUAUGUGUGUGAUAUUUGCGGCAUGGUGUGCAGCCGGCGUUCCAACUUCACAUGCCAUCGCAGGCUUCACAACCGGCGGAAGUACCGCCAGUGAGGGUAGGGGAGCACUUUCCAUCCAUCCACCUGUGGCCUCUAAGGACUUAUUCUCCUCUGAUUAAGGACACAAGGAAAACUGGAUGCCACAGAUGUGAUGCAAGAGAAUGGUGGCCCCUGCACUGAAAGACCACCGCCGCCAUGUAGCGGUUUUCUAAUAAGAUGAAUUCAUCUUCCUUUUGAGUUGAAGGGGAGAAAUGUUUCAAAGUGGAGAAAUUAAUCUGAUCUGGACUGAGGACUUUGGGGUAGCAUGGGGUUGGAGACUUUGCUACCAGCUGCCAGGCUUCAAGUUCAAACCUCAGGAAUGCACACAACCAGAAUAGCAUUUGG